AUGGAUUCCUUGGAUUUCUGCACUAAUUAUAAAAUAGCAAAUUCAUUAGAUGAUCAUGAAUUAAGUCAUCAAGACAACUUUGAAGUACUUCCUGAAGAUAGUUCAGCUCAUAAUAUAGCAACUGACGAAAACUCUGAGCCAGAACAUGGGAAUUAUAUUGAAGUUGAUUACCUCGAUUUGGGGGAUUUAAUUGAGCAUGAAAUCCAAGAAUUGACAACUGAAGCUCAAAUUGACGGGGUAGCUGAUGUUGCUUAUCAGACUCAUUUAGUAGUAAACUUAGACAAUGCUGUGAUUCAAGACAAGACGGCCAAGGAAAUAGCUAACCUAAUAAUUACUGAAAUUGAAGAAAUGUCGAAAAAAUUUGGUGAUACGGUUGGACAGUUUUAUUAUUUUUGUUGUCAGUCGAUAGAAGCAAAAAGUGAAAAUUAUAAAGAUUCUAAUAGAAAAUGGUGGAUACGCUAUGAUUUCAUUAAUGCAAUAGAAGUUAAUAUCUUUCAUGGUUCUCUUCAUCCACGCUCGGAUCUUUGCAUUGAGUUGCCUGAUGAAUUACAAGAAGAGAUUAAAGCACACUCACAUCUUACUGCGAUAGAAUUGAAAAAUCAUUUUCAAAAAUUAUUCCAACGCUAUGAUAACCAUAUAGAAUCUGCAUGUAAACUACUAAGUGAGUAUGAAUGUCAUAGCUUCCAGCAUUGCUUAGAAAUAAAAGAUUCAGAUGCUACUGCCAUUGGAUUUAUUAUGCCCUUGCUAGAAAAAAUUAAAAAUUUCAAUAUUAGCAUCAAUGAGAUCUAUUUUGAUGCAACUUACAAAACAGCAAGAGGGCGCUAUGAACUCUAUGGUACUAUAGCUGAUGUAGAAGGUACCGGCUUCCCAAUUGCAUAUUUAAUCCUUGAUACAACAAAAGUAUCUAAUACAAGUACUAGCACAGGAAAGCGUCGUAAAAUUAUAGAGUUGUUCUUAGCAACUAUAAAGACACGUAAUAUAAAUCCGGAUUUUGUGUUUACUGAUAAGGAUUUCGCUGAAAUUAAUGCUGCAACUAAUGUGUGGGGGCAUUCAUGUGAAACACAACUACAUAUAACCUAUGAUAUUAACCAAGCUAUGAAUGAAUUUGACUUUAUUAAUCCGGCAUUUUAUCCCACAGAGGAUGAUUGUGAUCCAAAAAAAUAUAUCGUUUGCCUAUCAACAUGUCAAUCAAUAGUUUUGGUGCUUAUGCAAAAGCAUUUUGAUAUGCACCCUCUGAUACCUGUAGAUGCUCAAGGAAACACCUUAACAUCGACAAAUAUCAGGCAAAAUGCUAUUGUAACUGGUGUUAUAACACCAUGGUGGUGGGAUGAUUUUAAAAAAGCAUGGAAUACAGCUGACACAAAAGACCAAAAUAUAAAUAUUAAUGUUAAGGGUAAAAGAAAGCGAAGCAUUAAUAAAAAAACAACUGACUCAAAAAGUUCAUAUUUCACAGAUAUUAAUUGUUGGGUUUGUAGCUGUCCAGCUUUUCUUGGAAAUAAUUUUAUACGUCGCACUACUCCUCCAUUUCUCGUUCUAAAAGAUUAUGAAAGUGAUAGAGUUACACCUGAUACCUCAUCUAUUGUACCUUUUGAAAUGGAAACUAAUAUCAAUAACAUGUCUUAUAGUAUUGAUAUUGAUGAAGAUCUGGAAGAAGAAGCCCGUUUCUACGUUGAGUCAAAUUAG